AUGGAUAGAUGCUGGCCCAAGAACCGGUCCAGGCUUCGGCAGAAAAGUAUCCAAAGUCUGUCCGGCUUGGGAGCACAACUCGAACGAAGCCUUCAGAAAGUGCCCGGACUACUGGACCCUGCAGCUUCGCCGUGCGAUGUUUUAUCCGUCUCCGUCGCCCUGCAGAGGGUCAUUGAUGAGGAGCCUUCGCACCUCUUCCGACACCACUCCUCUCCAGCGGAACUUGUCUCCUGGCAGGACUGGGCACAGGCGGACGCGAAAGCGAGGCAGCGCACGCCAACACAGGCAUGGUUGGUUUUUUUCUUCGUGAUGUUGGAUGCGUCCAAAAGCUUGGCCGUUUGCCACGCAGCACGUCAUGGUGAGAUGUGUGCUCCUCUAGUCAUCGCUGCCAAGAAUGCCCUGUCCAUAGGGUUCGGUUUGGCCCUGGCCAUGGGCCGCGACGGGUGGCCGGGGCUGCGCAAGUGCUUGGACCUGCACCGGGCGCUGAAGGUCUUUCCCAUCGCUGGUUCCUUUGGCCUUGCGCAGAUCUUUGCCAUGAAGGCCCUUCGGUUUUACGACCCUGGCAGCCUGAAGGUCAUUGCACAGGUGAAUGUGCCGCUGACGGCAUUACUUUCCUGGCUUUUACUGAACCGUAGAUAUUCCGCCAAGCAGUGGCUCGCAGUGGGCCUUCUGGGUAUCACCGCCAUGGCGUUUCUCCAAGUUCGGAUGCUUUUCUUCCAGACGCAAAGUGCAUCCCACAAAGAGGACGUCUACGUCUACGAAUCUGGCAGGAUGUCUGAGAAGCUUCUGGGGAUGAUUUAUUUUCAGUUCGGUAUCGUCCUCUCCUGCUGUGCCUCCAUCUUCGCAGAACGCUUCCUGAAGGAUCGCUAUGAAGUGCCGUUCUACAUUCAGAAGACCAACUUGAUGUUCGGCGAGCUUCUCUGUGCUUUCCUGAGCUUCGUGGCCAAUGUGGAGGAUGAUUCAGACAGUGCUGGUGCAUGCUCCUGGGAUCAGAUCCACACGUGGCAUUCGCAACUCCCUGUGAUCUUGCUCUGGCUGCUCCACGGAUGGGUGGCAGGGCUCUUGGUGAAACGUUGCUCUGCGCUGGUCAAGAAUGUGUCACACAUAUUGUCAACUCUGAUCACGUACUCUUUUCCUUUGCUUUUUCUCCCGGGCAGCGUACACUCGGCGCCCGUAACUCUAUCAGCGCUCCUGGUGCUGACCGCAGUGAUGCUGUUUGCCGCGGCACCACCGUAUUCACAGGCAGAGCGGGUAGCAUUGGUCAAAGGUGUGGGACGAAUGGCACGAGUGUAA